UUUCGCUCCCACUCGCAAAUUCUGCAAAUCCAUAAAAAUCUCGAUUCAUCACUUACUCUGUCAAGAUCUGUAAAUUUAUGGAUGAUCCAUAUAUUUAAUCUGUUUCUGUGAUCAAAUGCAUGCUUAUGCAGGGAUGAACAACCCUUCAAUCUGAGGUCUGUGUUAUUUUUUCUUAUUCUGUUCAUAAGGAAGAAGCUUUGGCUGUUUCAGGCUUCGAAGGAAUCGAAUGGAGGGAGAAAAUGAUGGAAACACGGUUCCAGAGAUGGAACCGGCCGGCGCGGUCUCGGAGCCUCAGGUUCCGCCAGUUCCGGAGGCGGCGGCUGUCUUCGAGGAGAAUCGGAGCUAUGUUGGAGGCGAUGGCGGUGAGGGAGGUAUGGCUGUGGGCGAUGUAGGCGUAGGCAGGGGCGCAUUUAUUGUGAAGAGAAAGAGAGGACGGCCGAGAAAGCAGCAAGGAGCGGCGGAGGUGCGGCAGGAACUAAUGUUUGUGGCGGCACCUUCUUCAACUUCUCUGCAAAAGCGAGGGAGAGGCCGUCCCAAAGGAACUGGAAAAUGGCAAACACUAGCUGCUUCGUUAGGGGAGAGUUCGGGAGAUCCAGGGGAAAGCAAAUUCACUCCUUACACUAUUACAAUUCGAGCAGGGGAGAACAUUGCUCAAAGAUUCUUUUCAUUUGCACGAAGAACUUGUGAAUCACUAUGCAUAAUCUCAGCUUCUGGAACAGUUUCAUAUGCCGAAAUUCGUCAAUCUAGUUCAUGUGGUGGCAUUCUCAGAUAUGAGGGUUCUUUUGAUAUUGUAUGCCUGUCUGGAUCACAGUUAGAUAACAUAGCAGGGGGUGUUCAAGGAAAAAUCUGCGUACUAAGUGUUCUGCUUUCUGAUCCGGAUGGUACCCUUGUCGGUGGUGCUGUAGGGGAUUCACUAAUUGCAGGAGGACCAACUCAACUUGUGGUUGCGACAUUCAGACAAGAUCCGACGGAGCAAGUGACUAAGGAGAGUCCUUCAAGUGAACCUUCAAAGCAGGAAAACGAUGCAUUGGCCGUAGAACCAUUACAGCAAGCAACAAAUGGGGAUCUACAAGAAGCAGAAGUGAAUGGUCCUGCAUCCUCUGUUUCUCCCACCUCAGUACCUCUUCCAGUCGAAGCAGCGCCAGAUUCUGCCGUCCGUGGCCUUGAUGUAAACUACGCCUCGCCCCAUCCACCACCGUUUCAAUGGACAGGCUUGCCUGAUGCAGAUCACAGGGGAGUUGGUGACAAUCAGUGAAAACCAUCUUUCUUUUUACCUCACUUCCUGAAAUGAAUAACAACUCUUGAAUAAUUGUAGUAUGGAUUAUUGAGCAGUGAUUCUUUACUUAUUUUCUUUAUACCAAUUGGCAUGUACAUAUGUAUAUAUAUGUAUAUGUGUAAAAUAUUCUUAGUUUCU